AUUCUACGGUUUUAGCUAAGGCAAAUUCAUAUAAGGUGGUAGUAGCUGGAAAUAAGUCAAGUGUAUAGUGAAUCCUGUUAAAGACUUAAUUUAGCUUUAAAAUGUCCACUGGCCUGAAAGAUUUUGGAUGUGAAAUAAAAAAGUUAAGUGAAGAGAUUCAAAAUCUACGCCGAAAAUUGGCUAUCAAGACUCGGCAGCUUCAUGAUUUGCAAUCAGCUCAACGUGCAUCUGCAACUGACGGUCAAGCCGAUAUAGAAACCACACCACGCGUAAAUGAUCUAACAAAUGAUGAAAUUACACGUUACAGCCGCCAACUUAUACUUCCUGGUUUCGGAGUUGCGGCACAAACAAAGCUCAAAAACUCUUCUUUUCUUAUUAUAGGCAUGGGCGGUCUUGGUUGCCCAGCUGCUCAGUACCUAAUUGGAGCGGGAUGUGGCCGUUUGGGCUUAGUGGAUUACGACCAAGUAGAACGAGGCAAUUUACAUCGUCAAAUAUUGCACACCGAAGCAACAAUUCGUAUGUCGAAAGUGAAAUCGGCGAAAUAUGCUCUCGAACAAAUUAAUCCAAAUUGCCAAAUUGCCACCUACAAACUCGCGUUGGAUAGCAGAAAUGCAAUGGAUAUAAUAAAACAAUACGAUGUUGUUUUGGACUGUACAGAUAACGUUGUUACAAGAUACUUGAUCAAUGAUGCGUGCGUGUUGCUACAUAAACCUUUGGUAUUCGGCAGUGCUUUACAAUUUGACGGCCAAUUAGCUAUUUACAAUUAUGGCAUUUCAUGUCCUUGCUAUAGAUGCCUCUUUCCGAUUCCACCGGCACCAGAAACUGUUACAAACUGCAGAGAUAGUGGUGUGUUGGGUGCUAUCACGGGCGUAAUCGGUGCUAUGCAAGCCUUAGAAGCAAUAAAAGUUGCUACAGGAGUGGGUGAAACACUUGCCGGGAGGCUACUUAUGUUCGAUGGAGUAAAUACCACGUUUAGAAAUUUCAAGCUACGCGGGCGCAGUCCAGAUUGCAAAGUGUGCUCAGAGAAUCCUACGAUUACUCAGUUGAUUGACUAUGAACGUUUCUGUGGCAUGCGUGCCUCAGACGACAUUCAAAAUCUCGAAGUGUUGUCGCGGGACGAUCGCAUCACCGUUUUGGAGUACAUCGACAUGAGGUCACAGCCACAUUUGUUAAUAGAUGUACGACCUCCUAAUGAAUUUGAUAUAUGUCGUCUACCUGCAGCUGUUAAUGUACCUCUGAAAAAAAUAUUAGACAAUAGUUUUAUAGAACGUUUUACUAAAGAGUUUUCAGAUGAAAAAUUGCCGAAAAUUUUAAUUUGUCGCUGUGGCAACGACUCGCAAUUAGCAGGCCAGCACAUUUUAAGCGUAUAUCCCUCACAUAACAUAAAGGAUGUCAUCGGUGGUCUUUCUGCUUGGCAUAAUAUGGCAGAUACGCAGUUUCCAGUAUAUUGAGCUGAACAAUGGGCAAAUUGUAUAUAGAUUAUAAAUUUAACAAUUAUUUAAUUCAAAGAAUUUUAAUUGUGUAAAUAGUAACUAAAAUAUUUUACAUAUGUGAAAUAAAUAAAUAUAUGCAUGUAUAAUAUGAA